GCGGCGGCGGCUGCUUGUGUCGGCUCCGGGCGGCCCCCGCGCCGCAGCCCGCGCCGUGUCCGCGGCGGAGCCGCCCAGGUGCGCAGGAGGAUGGUGGCGCGGCCCUAGGCCCACGCUCCGCACCAUGACCUGCUGGCUGUGCGUCCUGAGCCUGCCCCUGCUCCUGCUGCCCGCGGCGCCGCCCCCGGCUGGAGGCUGCCCGGCCCGCUGCGAGUGCACCGCGCAGACCCGCGCCGUGGCCUGCACGCGCCGCCGCCUGACCGCCGUGCCCGACGGCAUCCCGGCCGAGACUCGCCUGCUGGAACUCAGCCGCAACCGCAUCCGCUGCCUGAACCCGGGCGACCUGGCCGCGCUGCCCGCGCUGGAGGAGCUGGACCUGAGCGAGAACGCCAUCGCGCACGUGGAGCCCGGCGCCUUCGCCAACCUGCCGCGCCUGCGAGUCCUGCGUCUCCGUGGCAACCAGCUGAAGCUCAUCCCGCCCGGGGUCUUCACGCGCCUGGACAACCUCACGCUGCUGGACCUGAGCGAGAACAAGCUGGUCAUCCUGCUGGACUACACUUUCCAGGACCUGCACAGCCUGCGCCGGCUGGAGGUGGGCGACAACGACCUGGUGUUCAUCUCGCGCCGCGCCUUUGCAGGGCUGCUGGCCCUGGAGGAGCUGACCCUGGAGCGCUGCAACCUCACAGCUCUGUCCGGGGAGUCGCUGGGCCAUCUGCGCGGCCUGGGCGCCCUGCGGCUGCGCCACCUGGCCAUCGCCGCCCUGGAGGACCAGAACUUCCGCAGGCUGCCCGGGCUGCUGCACCUGGAGAUUGACAACUGGCCGCUGCUGGAGGAUGUGGCGGCGGGUAGCCUGCGGGGCCUGAACCUGACCUCGCUGUCGGUCACCCACACCAACAUCACCGCCGUGCCGGCCGCCGCGCUGCGGCACCAGGCGCACCUCACCUGCCUCAAUCUGUCGCACAACCCCAUCAGCACGGUGCCGCGGGGGUCGUUCCGGGACCUGGUCCGCCUGCGCGAGCUGCACCUGGCCGGGGCCCUGCUGGCUGUGGUGGAGCCGCAGGCCUUCCUGGGCCUGCGCCAGAUCCGCCUGCUCAACCUGUCCAACAACCUGCUCUCCACGUUGGAGGAGAGCACCUUCCACUCGGUGAACACGCUAGAGACGCUGCGUGUGGACGGGAACCCGCUGGCCUGCGACUGUCGCCUGCUGUGGAUCGUGCAGCGCCGCAAGACCCUCAACUUCGACGGGCGGCUGCCGGCCUGCGCCACCCCGGCCGAGGUGCGCGGCGACGCGCUGCGAAACCUGCCGGACUCGGUGCUGUUCGAGUACUUCGUGUGCCGCAAACCCAAGAUCCGGGAGCGGCGGCUGCAGCGCGUCACGGCCACCGCGGGCGAAGACGUCCGCUUCCUCUGCCGCGCCGAGGGCGAGCCGGCGCCCACCGUGGCCUGGGUGACCCCCCAGCACCGGCCGGUGACGGCCACCAGCGCGGGCCGGGCGCGCGUGCUCCCCGGGGGGACGCUGGAGAUCCAGGACGCGCGGCCGCAGGACAGCGGCACCUACACGUGCGUGGCCAGCAACGCGGGCGGCAACGACACCUACUUCGCCAUGCUGACCGUGCGCCCCGAGCCGGCCGCCAACCGGACCCUGGGCGAGGCCCACAACGAGACGCUGGCGGCCCUGCGCGCGCCGCUGGACCUCACCACCAUCCUGGUGUCCACCGCUAUGGGCUGCAUCACCUUCCUGGGCGUGGUCCUCUUCUGCUUCGUGCUGCUGUUCGUGUGGAGCCGCGGCCGCGGGCAGCACAAGAACAAUUUCUCGGUGGAGUACUCCUUCCGCAAGGUGGAUGGGCCGGCCGCCGCGGCGGGCCAGGGGGGCGCGCGCAAGUUCAACAUGAAGAUGAUCUGAGGGGUCCCCAGGGGCGGACCCUCCCCUCCCCUGCCCUCCCCCGCGGGCCGGCCGCUCGCGUGUCCACCUAUGCAUUUUCCGGAGGGGAAGGGGGCGGCUGCACGGCGCUCCCCAGGCAGAACUUCCCCUUUUUUUGUAGACGCCCGACCGCAGGACUGUUUUUCAUCAGCAUGUGUCUUUUUGCAGUUUCUCAAGCGUUUUCUAAAGAUUUCAACCCGUCUUCCUGUCCCUGCUAUGGUGGCUGAGCUGGGGGGUGGGGGUGCGGGCUGCAAGGAUGGGGGGGAUGGGCUCCCGUCUACCAACCCGGGAUGGCUGGGGGCGCUCAGAGACCCCAGGAUCCUCAGGGCCCGCAAUUCACACCCAGGAGGCACAAGACUGCUGCCCCCAAGCCCUGGGCUUCCGCUCCCCCAGUCCUUUGCACACAGAUCACAUCGGGGAGACGGUGGACACCUGGGACCCACAAAGGGCCCCAACAGCCCCGAGGGGAGGGUGCGCAGAAAAUCUACAUUGCUCACACCUGGCCAUCCUACACCUCACGCCCAGACACACAGUCACACCUGGAACCGAAUCACACAGGUGAAACACACCUCACACCCAGCCGACACUAAAACCAAACCCGGGGCACCAGAGCUGACCACAGGGGCAGGCAGGGCUCUCGUGAGAGCAAAGCUCACACCCGGGACAGGCGCAGCUCACACCCAAGACACACACAGCUCACACCCGGAACACACAGCUCACACCCAGGACACACGCAGCUUACACCCGGGACACACAGCUCACACUCGGAACACAUAGCUCACACCUGGGACAGGCACAGCUCACACCUGGGACACACAGCUCACACGCAGGACACACAGCUCACACCUGGGACAGGCACAGCUCACACCUGGGACACACAGCUCACACGCAGGACACACACAGCUCACACCUAGGAGACACUCAGCUCACAUCCAAUACAAGCACAGCUCACAGUGGAACACACAGUUCACACCCCGGACACACAGCUUACACCCGGGACACUCAGCUCGCACUGGAACACACAGCUCACACCUGAGACACAGCUCACACCUGGGACAGGCACAGCUCACACCCAGAACACACAGCUCACACCCAGAACACACAGCUCACACCCAGGACACACUCAGCUCACACCCGGGACAUGCUCAGCUCACACCCAGAACACAGAACUCACACCUGGGACACACACGGGUCACACCCAAGACACACACCUCACACCCAGCUGACACUAAAACGAGGCCCUGGGCACCAGAGCUGACCACAGAGGCAGGCAGGGCUCUCAUGAGAUCACAGCUCACACCCGGGACAUGCUCAGUUCACACAUGGGACAGGCACAACUCACAACUGAGAUACAGCUCACACCUGGGACACACGGCCCACCCCACGCCUGCUCAGGUGAGCAUCUCCCAGCCAACCUCAGGGCCUGGGCUCAGGUCUUGCUGAGGACCCAGCACACGCGGUGGUUACAGUCAGGGAUCCACAUGCCCUGUCCUCCAUCCUCCCCACAGCCCAGCAGGGCUGUCCACAAGGAGGAGCCAUCGCCCCAGCCCUCUGCCUCCCUCCACUGACACUUGCUUCCCAGAACAGCAGGCAAGAGAGGGCCACCCUGCCCCGGCCCAGGACCAUGGCUUCUGGUGUGCUGAGUGUCCUUCUAAAUGGGUCUACUGGAGGGACUUUUGCCCCUAGGUAUGCACUGACCUCUGAGCCUGCCUCAGACAAGCCCUGAGCGUGGCCCCAUCAUGCCUGGCCCUGCUGACCCGUGGCUCAGGUGGGGAACGAGACCAAAGAACACAGGGGGUUACCAGGGGUCCCUGCUAUGUGCGUUGCAGAGGUAGUGACAAGAACAAGGCCGGAACAAGGGCUUCACCCUACAGGGAGGCCUGAACCCAGGUCCUCGGGAGAAGGUGAUGGAGGAACCUCAGUCUGUGCACCUGCAGAGGUGGGGCAGAUCUAGGGCCAAAGCUGGGGUCACAGGCCGACUGCAGCUCAGGUCAAGGAAGAGCUUCCCCGAGGUCACCGCGCGGUUGCUCUGCAGAUGGUGAGCUCCCCGUCACGGGGGGUAAACAAGCAGGAGCUGAGGUUUUGCAGAAGGAUUCAGACACCAGACAGGGACCAUAGGCACCAUCAGUGACCUGGCCUCCUCACAGCCAGUUCUUGCCCCUCCUCUCCACAUCCUCCAGAGGACAGUUAGGACGUUGCUGGGGCAGGGACAGGAACCAUUGUUGAGCCAAAAGCUCAGCCAGAAAGGGGCUUGGCUGCAACCGAGGGGUUAGGACACACCCUCCAGGACUUUGCAGGAAGGGCUCAAAAGCAGCUCUGCUCCUGCCCAGCUGUGUGAUCUCAGCUGGUGACUGAAGACCACCUAGACCAUCAGUGUCCUCAUCUGUGAAACGGGUCUGAGGGUCAAACCUAUUACCCCGUAUUCACAGGCCAGGCCUGCAGAUGAGCUUGAUGGCUUGACUUGGAUCCUGGAUCCCUCAAGACUGCUCUGAGAUCAAUCAGCCAGAGAGAAACAGAGAGAAAGCCGGCUCAGCCCUGGAGGCUUUGAGCAAAGGUUUCAGAAAGAGCUGGAAGGAGACACUGGCCCAUUCUCCCUGAGCUGUGGCCGGGAGGGCCCAGGCCUGCACCACGAUGUACAGAUGGCCCAGGGGGCUCGACAUGAGUGAGGGCUGAAGUUCCUGCAACCCCAACCGCCACACCUGAAUUGGGCAGAACCAAUUUUUUUGUUAGCACCUGCCUGACUCUGGUUACCAUGACAACCCCAAGGGCCCCCAAAAAUUGAUAUCCAAGUGCCUUUAGCCUAUCAAAGACAGGAGGGGGUGCGUUCUCGGCCAUGUUAGGGUUCACAGAGCAUCCGUAUAUUAGGAUUUCCCAGCCCCCUGAGCCCCCCACCCCAUCCCAACAUGAACCAAGACGCCUCAGCUCCCCACCCCUCAUCCUGCUGUAUUUGGUUCAAAUCCAAUAAAAAUGGAACCGAUUUAAUAACAAA